CGCCGGGCGCGCAUGCGCGGAGGGGCCGGCCCCGGGGAGGCACGUGAAGGUCGCCCGUCCUGCCCGCUCCAUCCAUUCAGCCGCCCGCGCUCUCUCUCCUUCCCAGCCGGGCCCGGCAUGGACCCGUCGUCCGUCGCGGGGGACUUGGGGGCCGCCGUCAACGACCCGCAGCUGCAGCAUUUCAUCGAGGUGGAGACGCAGAAGCAGCGCUUCCAGCAGCUCGUGCACCAGAUGACGGAGCUGUGCUGGGAGAAAUGCAUGGAUAAGCCUGGCCCCAAGCUGGACAGCCGAGCCGAGACUUGCUUUGUGAACUGUGUCGAGCGUUUCAUUGACACCAGCCAGUUUAUUCUUAACCGGUUGGAGCAGACGCAGAAAUCUAAGUCGCCGUUCUCCGAAAGCCUCUCUGACUGAGCGGAAAGCCUUUGGUGGCGCUGUUUUCUUCCGUUUGAAAAGGAGGACGCUGUUUUGAAAUGGAAGGGGAGGAGAAAGAACCGAAGGAAGGAUUUUUUAACAACAAUAAGCUGUGAGGGAGCUUGGCCCCACGUUUGCAAUGGACUUCAGAGCUCCCUGGUCACCUAGUCUAGUUCUGGUGUUAAAAAAUGCCCCCGCUGGGUGAACAUGAAUAACCAUGCAACAUCGCACACCAGCUAUUUAACCCGGACGUCUGCUAUCCUAGAUUGUAACAUUUUUUUUCUUUUUCUUCACCUGGAUAAUAGGAGCUUCGUGCCAGAAUGGUGGCUUGAUUAUCUUUACUCAGAAGUAAGGGGGGGAAAAGCACACCCCUUGAAACUUGAAAAAUGUUCUUUUUUGAGAUAAGGGGAGAGGCCUGAGAUACUAACGCAGCUGUGGGUAAACGUGCCUUUUAAAACGGUACUGUGCAUAAGCAUGGCUCUUUUAAACAAUCCAAAUGUCGCUGGCUUGAAUUUGCAGCCAAAUUAAACCUUUGUAAAAACACAGGUGGAUCUUGCGGUUGGACAGAGGGACACGGGGAUUAGGUUGCAAAAGGAUGCCAGUAGAAACCUGUUGUCUUUCGUGAGGUGUUUUUCAAAACCUACCUCAGCACAGUAGAAAGAAACACCACCCCCCCUCCUCCAGACGUGUGGCUGUUAAGAAGGGUUAUCGCUCAUGUGGUCAUGUAUGUCUCUUUUGCCAAGUACAAAAAAUAAAUCAAAUCUUGACUUUCUACAUCAAAUUCCUUGCCUCCUGAUCAGUGGAAUAAACAUCAAUUGGAUGCAUUUUAAA